GUUAUGGUAUUCCUACCAAGAGCCCUCUGAGUCCGUCGUUAAAGGCGAGUAUAACACUUGAUAAUAGAAAAGAAACAUGGAAAUAAGAGUGAGCUUAUCCAGAGUAUCAACCAGUUUAUCCGUAAGAGUUCCGAUCAAAAGAAUAACAUCCAACAAAGCAUCCGAGAGCAAAUGAGGAUCAAGGAUAAGAUCCAUGCCCAGACCAAAAAUGUGAACCUUCAGAAAGUCCUUAAUAGAUAUAAGUGCAUCACAAAGGAGAAUCCUCGGCAAAGCACAGGGAGGGGUAUGUCCCUUGACCAUUUAAAGAACUUCAAAUCUAUCAGGAAUAAAGAGAGAGCUAAUAUUAUCUCAAGAGAGUUAUCAAAUAUUACUUCAAACAAAGCAAGGAAAUCCCUUGAGCCUUUGCAACUAGAUAAAGAAGAGUUUUCCCCAGAGACAUCCUCGCCUCUAGGAGGAAGGCUUACCUUUGCAAAGAUGACCAGGACAGGCUACAUUCCUGUUUUGCCAGAAACAGGCUUCAAGAAGAAGCAGAACCAAGACUCAUCAAUAAUUCUUCAAAACUUCUUAGGAAUUACGAAUAACUACUUCCUUGGUGUUUUUGAUGGGCACGGAACCAACGGGGCCAAAGUCUCAGGGUUCAUCAAGAAUGCUAUACCUGAAGAAAUCAAGAGGGCAUAUGAGGAGCUCACUUCUCCUGUAGGGACUGACAUCAACUCAAACUUUAAAACGAUGACUGCAGGGUUCAUUAACAAGGACAAAUAAUCCAGCUAGGCUAGAUACCUAUCAGAAUUUAAGAUUUAGGACAAAAAUUAUCGAGCAGAGCAUUGAUAAUGCUCAAAAGAAAUUAAAAUAAUCGUGCUAUUGAUAUUUAAAUUCUCUGGAUCAACUGCCAAUAUCUGCCUCGUUGGGCCUGACCAUGUUCUUACAUGAGCUAAUGUAGGAGACUCACGCUCAAUUCUGAUAAAAUGUCAUAAUGAAGGUACCAAACAGGAAGUGUGGACUUGAAAAGCUCUCUCUAGAGAUCACAAGCCUGACCUUUCAGAUGAGAAAUAGCAGGAUUGAAUCAAACGGAGGAAGGGUUGCUUGAUUCAGAGAUUCAAAUAAGAAAAAUAUAGGGCCUCCCAGAGUCUGGCUCAAAAGGGCACAAAUCCCUGGUCUCGCAAUGAGUCGAUCCUUUGGCGAUGAAGUAGCUUGCUGUGCUGGAGUAACUCAUAAGCCAGAAAUACAGCAUUGCCCUUUAACUCAGGAAGAUAAAGCUGUAGUACUAGCUUCAGAUGGAGUUUGGGAAUUCCUUUCUAACAAACAAGUUACUAAUAUACUUACAAACUAUAUCAAAGCACAUAAACCCCGCAAAGGAUGUGAAAAAGUUGUUUCUGAAAGUGUGAGAUUAUGGAAGCUAAGAGACUCUGUAAUAGACGACAUCACCAUCAUUGUGGCUAUCCUACCAUCCUCGCAAGACACUGGAAUCAGAGGAAAAGGAGUGUAUAGCUCUUUAUCCUGAAAUAGACUUCCAUCGUGAUAAUCCACACUCUGAUUUUUAGUACAAAUAUUAUG